AUGUCUUCAGCAUCCUUACCCAAACACAAAUACGGCGCCCAUCCAUCCGCCGAAGCCGCCGAAGCCGCCCAGGCAUGCCGUACCGAAGCCCUGGAAAAAGUCGAUCAAGGUUUUGUCAAGCUCAUGCCAUGGAAAACGCUCCGUGCCAACAUUGCCAAAGGUCUCCUGACACACACCAAAAUCAGUCCCAUUGCGGCGAUCCCGCACAAGAGCCGCCUCUUUCGAAUGAUUUUGCGCGACAGCAGAACCAUUCAAAAAUUGGGACGGUGGAAAUCGCAAACAUUCAUGGAUUACAUCCACGAUCAAAUAAGCGCUUUCUCCGCCGGGGUCUCCAUCAAAAUGGCCAACCCCAUCCCUUUUCGAUGCAUCGUGGGUCCCACCCUCACACACUCAGUGGCCUAGCCAUCCCAGCACACUCAGCACCGCUUUCACAUUAUUACAAACCACACAAAUCAUCCCACACUCUCUACCUUGUGCGGCCGAGCAUCCUUGCCCCUCUAUGGCACAGAUCGGCAAGGCACUCUGCCCACAGCGGAUGGGUCACCAUGGGAGCAAGUCUCAGG